CUUCCUCCUUCCGCUGUUACAAAUUCUUGUCAAUGUAUUUCUGUCUGUCUCUAUUGUCAUCCUACUAGGCAGUAAGAGGGGAAGCUUUAGAAGAAGGACGUAUCUACUGGGCAGUCGGGAGAGCUAACUCAUUCAUUGAUUGAUUACGCUUGUAAUCAAGGAAAUAAUAUAGCACUUAGCACUGCAAGUUCUCCCUAUCCGAGCCUUCCCUUUCUGUGAGAAUAGGAAAUUAUUUUACUAGUAGACAUGGCGAAUUUGCUCACCAUGCAGUUUUGUGCCACACUCAGAAAACCUGGGAAUCUGAAGCCUCUGAGAAGCACUUCUACAGCACUGACAAACAAACGAAGCUACAGCAGCGAAGAUAGAGAGUACCUGCAUAAAAGCAUCGUGCCUACAAUGCACUACCAGAAGAGUUUACCCAGGCUACCAGUUCCAAAACUGGAGGAUACAAUCAAAAGGUAUCUGGCUGCUCAGCGGCCUCUUCUAGAUGACGAACAGUUCAGUACCACAGAGAAACUGGCCCGUGACUUUGAGAAUGGAGUGGGGAAACAAAUGCAUGAGGAGCUGGUAGCGCAAGACAAGCAGAACAAGCACACCAGUUACAUAUCGGCCCCAUGGUUUGACAUGUACCUGUCAGCGCGGGACUCCAUAGUGCUGAACUUCAACCCCUUUAUGUCCUUCAACCCGGACCCCAAGACUGAGUACAACAACCAGCUAGUGCGAGCAACCAACAUGGUGGCUUCCGCUGUGCGCUUCAUGAAGACUCUCCGUGCUGGACUCCUGGAACCCGAGGUGUUCCACCUGAACCCAGCUAAGAGCGACACGGACAGCUUCAAGAAACUAAUCCGCUGGGUCCCCUCCUCCCUGUCCUGGUAUGGAGCCUUCAUGGUGAAUGCCUACCCUCUGGACAUGUCUCAGUACUUCCGCCUCUUCAAUGCAACCCGCAUCCCCAAGCAAGGGAAAGAUGAGCUCUUCACCGACCCAAAAGGACGCCACCUACUAGUUAUGAGGGGAGGCAACAUGUACGUGUUUGACGUGAUGGACCGCGAUGGGAACCUGGUUAAGCCAGCAGAGAUCCAGGCCCACCUGAAGCACAUCCUGUCGGACCCGACCCCAGCUGCGGCCCACCCCCUGGGGCUGCUGACCAGCGAGAACAGGGACACAUGGGCCCGGCUGAGGGAGAAGCUCCUGGCCACUGGCAACGGAGAAGUGCUUGGUCUGGUGGACAGUGCCCUCUUCUGUCUGUGCCUGGACGACGAGAGCAUGAACGACCACAUCCACAUCUCCCACAACAUGCUGCACGGGGACGGCACCAACCGCUGGUAUGACAAGUCCUUCAGUAUCAUCAUGGCUAAAUGCGGAAACGCCGCCAUCAACUUCGAGCACUCGUGGGGCGACGGCGUGGCUGUUCUCCGCUUCCAGAACGAGGUGUUCAAGGAUUCUACGGAGAACCCACUGGUGAACCCUGGCUCUCAGCCUGCAGCUGUGGACUCAGCCUCAGCCGUGAGGAGACUCCAGUUCAACCUAGACGCAGAGCUGGAGAAUGGGGUCAUCAAGGCCAAAGAGAACUUCCACACAGCUGUAUCCAAGCUCACCAUAGACGCCAUGCAGUUCAUGAAGGGCGGGAAGGAGCAGUUGAAGAAGAAGAAGCUGAGUCCGGAUGCCAUUGCUCAGCUAGCGUUCCAGAUGGGAUUCCUGAGGCAGUAUGGGCAGACGGUGGCCACAUACGAGUCCUGCAGCACCGCAGCAUUCAGACAUGGUCGUACAGAGACCAUCCGGCCUGCUACAAUACACACACAGCGCUGUGCUCAGGCCUUCGUGCAACAGCCAGGAAAACACAGCGUUGAGCAACUGAUAGGCAUGCUCAGCGAAUGCUCCAAAUAUCACGGGCAGCUCACCAAAGAGGCAGCUAUGGCCCAAGGCUUUGACCGGCAUCUGUUUGCCAUGAAGUACUUGGCCAACUCAAAGGGCCAAGCCCUACACAGCCUGUACCAGGACCCAGCCUACGCCGCCAUCAACCACAACAUCCUCUCCACCAGCACCCUCACCAGCCCUGCUGUUAACCUGGGAGGCUUUGCCCCUGUGGUGCCCGAUGGAUUUGGGGUGGGCUACGGUGUCCAUGAUGAGUGGAUCGGCUGCAAUGUGUCUAGUUACCCAGAGCGUAAUGUUCAUGAGUUCCUGCAGUGUGUUCAUAAGUCUCUGGAGGACAUUUUCUCUGUUCUGGAAGGAAAGCCUCUCAGCUAAAGAAAAGUUUUACAGCAAAUCUUAACUUCCACUUCAGCUGAAUUUUCACCGUCAGGCAUUGACAUUGUGUGAAAAUUCUAAAUUUGUUGUAGUUUGGAUGAGUUAGACUGCAGUUGUAUAGUACAGUGAGAUGAAUGUCGGAUUUAAAAGGUACAUUUCCUGAGGCGUAGUGUGGGUUGGAAGUACUGGUAUAGGUUAAUAAAGAGGGAAUAUCAAACAAGCUCUGCAUGGUUCAGUAGAGGUCAUAUUCCUAUACUGUCAAAUAGCUAACUGACUACACAGAUUCAUAAUGCCCAAGGAAAUAUCAAAUACACUCGUGUCAUGAAGGCAAAAACAAUGAAAGCUUCAGGUGUUUGUUUGAUCCAAUAUUUCUUCCUUUUCUAACUAGCAUUGUAAUCUCUUGGGAAGGAUUGCAUUGCAACCCUUCCCAAGAGCACUAAACCACCUUUACUGAUAAAGGCCAGUGCUUUUGAAUGAAUGUCCUCAUGUAAAGGCCAGUUUGAUAGGGAAAUUAAAUCCUGUAAUAUUGAUAUUCAGAGUAGCACUUAAUUUUUCUUUGCUGUAGCAAGCCUUGUCAAAGGAUUGUAUGACAAUUUACAGAUAUCCAUGUUGCUUUGUGAUGUAAAAUGUUUUAAAGCAAUUACCUAAGAUCUUUGCUAUUAAAGGUCCAACGCAGCUGUUAUCUCCAAUAUCAAAUCCUUUCUAGGUAACAAGUACGUACAUGUGAUCGUUUUAAUAAAGAAAUGGUCAAAAAUAACAGCUUCUUAAGAAUUUUACUAGGACUGUCUUCAAGGGGUGGGGAUAAUGGAAAAUGUGCGGUCCAUUAAUCAAAUUAUCGCAUUGGGGAUGUUACCAUGGAAGGUCAAAACUCCAUCCCACCAACAGGCUGAAAUCCAGUCUUUUCAAACAGCGCUUGCAUUAUUUUCACAGUAUUAUUCCAACUUCGAUGUGGAAAUAUAAAACGCAGGAAAAUCCUUUCCCUUUGUGCCUUAUGGAAUGUUCACUGGAUGUUUCUCACACACAGCUUUACUGAAGUAGUGUAAAGAACUCAACUAAAUGUGACCUGGAAUGACGAAUUAAUAUAUUUUGCUCGACUGUAUUUAACGGCAGGGUAACCUAGUGGUUAGAGCGUUGGACUAGUAACCGUUCAACUCCCCGAGCUGACAAGGUACAAAUCUGUCAUUCUGCCCCUGAACAGGCAGUUAUAGCACACUGUUCUUAGGCUGUUAUUGAAAAUAAGAAUGUGUUCUUAACUGGAUUAACUUAAUUGCCUAGUUAAAUAAAAUGUAGAAAAGUUUGUUGAUCUGUGUAUUGAGUUUGGUGCUGGAAUAAAAUAGACUGACCUCUGUA